ACGGGAACUGUCCCGUGUCACGGGACGGCUCACGAGUCACGACUGAGGUCGUCUCUUCCCUGCCUCAGUCAUCGCCCCCCAGGCCCCUCCACCGCACCGCGCUCCUUCCAAUUUCUACCUGCCGCCUCCCAACGCGCCGCUUGCCUGCUGCUCCUUCCCACACCGCCGUGCCGCCGCCCCCUUGUACAUCUCUCCUGCGCCGCUCUCCCUCAACGAAAGACAUCAAUGACGGCAGAACGGUGAUCCAGCGGCGACGGCGACAGGAUGGCCGUGUAGCGAUGCCCAGGAGUCAGGACGUCGCGAACGAUAUCCGUGGUACGCAGUUCCUGUUCUGUGUCUGUAGCGUAUCGAGCAGCGAACUGGUGAAGCGAAUUCUUUUCCGAUCUAGAUCGACCGAGCGGGGGAUUCAACGAUGGCCUGAGCGAAUCUGGAAAUGCUUUCUUAUGAUGGUUAGUAAAGGGAGAACGAAGAUGAGGAACAGAGAGCGGAAAUCAUCUAUUCUCAACUUUGAUGCAGGCUGUGGAUCUCGCUUGUCUUUUAUUGUAUGGGGCUUGCUGGGAUUUUCCCUCAUUGUCUGCUUAUUUUUCAUCAGCCAUCAAGUAGAAACUAGGCAUGGCCGUAUCUAUUCUGGCCACCUGCCUGCCACCAGAGAAUUGGAAGAGAUUGAGGAAGAGCAUUUUCACUUGCCACCUCCUCACAAGGUGAAUCCUCGUGCAGCUAAACGUCGGGGCCCUCGCAAGGCUUCAAAGAUUAUAGACGAAUAUCUAGAUGGGACCUCAGCAAUACAUGGCAUGUUCUUUCCUAGUCAAUCAACUGCUAUGAACCCCCAAAGAGGAGGAAAUGAUAGCAUGUCCUUUCAUCCCGGUAGGGUGUGGCUGGACACUGAUGGAAAUACCAUUCAAGCCCAUGGUGGUGGGAUUCUAUAUGAUCAUAAGACUGCUAAAUAUUAUUGGUACGGAGAAAACAAAGAUGGACCUACCUACCAAAUUCACCCUGAAGGGGCACAACGGGUAGACAUUAUAGGUGUAAGCUGCUACUCCUCAGAAGACCUGUGGUCAUGGACUCAUGAAGGAAUUGUGCUUCCUGGAGAGCGUACUAACAUCACCCAUGACCUUCAUAAAUCAAAGGUGCUUGAGAGACCUAAGGUGAUAUAUAAUGAUCGCACUAAGCAAUAUGUUAUGUGGAUGCACAUCGACGACACUAACUACACCAGAGCAUCUGUCGGUGUGGCUGUCAGCAACUCUCCCACUGGAACUUUCACUUACCUCUACAGCUUUCGACCUCAUGGAUUUGAUAGUAGAGACAUGACAAUUUUCAAAGAUGACGAUGGCAAAGCUUACCUCUUCUACUCUUCUCGUGUCAAUAGUGAGCUUCAUGUCAGUCCGUUGACAGAGGAUUAUCUUAACAUCACAUCAGCAAUGAGGAGAAUAUUAGUAAGAAGAUUCAGGGAAGCUCCGGCGGUCUUCAAGUUCCAAGGAACCUACUAUAUGAUCACCUCACGUUGCUCAGGCUGGGCUCCUAAUAGAGCAUUGGCGCAUGCCACACACUCAAUCAUGGGGCCUUGGGAGACACUGGGAAACCCAUGCGUUGGAGGCAACCAGUUUCUCCGAGUGACAACAUUCUUAUCUCAAAGCACGUUCGUGCUUCCCCUCCCUGGCUUGCCUGGUACAUUCAUCUUCAUGGCAGACAGGUGGAACCCGUCAAACCUGAGAGAUUCCCGGUAUGUUUGGCUACCUCUGUCCAUUGGGGGUUUGGCAGACGAGCCAGUGGACUACAGUUUUGGUUUUCCAUUGUGGCCAAAGGUGUCGAUUUACUGGCAUAGGAAAUGGCGCCUCCCUGAAGGUUGGAGGAAGAGGUAGAAUAUGAUGAGUAUAUGGGUGUUUUGAAAGAACAGUUGAUAUAUGCAAUCACAGCGCAGAUAACAGUGUCAAUAUGUUCAGAAUCUUUCUUGAUUCAUCUAAUCAAUGCUUUCCUUGGGCAUCUCAAA